AUGAUAUCAAAUUCACAACGUAAAAAGAAAAAAGGCAGUGAUGUUGUUGAAAUACCUGAUAAAUCUUCUACAUCACCUUUAUCACUUAGGGAUAUAUUUAACCAUGAACCUUCUCCAAUUCAAAAAAUAUCUCAUGAAGACUCAUCUAUGUCCAGCUCAACUGUCUACAAAAAAGUUGAAAAACAACCGGAAGCUUCACAUCGAUUACCUAAUAAAUCUCAACAGCAAUCUACAAAAAUUAGAAAAAAAUCUAUUUUAUCAGAAUUAUCAAAAGGCGGUUUUAACAUCCCUUCAACAUCUAUUUUGAGAUCAAAAGACUUUUCUAAUAGUUCUUCAUCUAAUAAAUCAAGGAUCACGGAUUUUCUAUCAUCAUCUCAGUUUACUGAAAUGAUGAGUGUUAAGCGAAAGAAAUCGGAUGAAUUAGGAUCCAAUGAAUUAUUAACAAAACGUGUUAAACUUAAUGUAAACAUCCAAUCCAUUCUUGAGAAAGUGCUUGACGAACAGCUAAAGCAACGCAUAGCAAUUGAUAAUUUACAAAAAAGUAAUGAAGAAUUAAGACAAGAGAUCUCUGAGAAUCACAAACUUCUACAAAACAUCUUCACGAUUUUGACAUCAAAAUCGACCAUAAUAACUGAAAAAGCACAGAGAGGAGGGCUAAAACAACGUUUGAAAAGAAAAGAUACAAAGUAUAUGUGGUGGGAUGUUAACUCCAAUGACGAAGCAUGUCAUCAACUGUUCCAAGUAAAUAAGAACCCAUCAGAUACAGAAGUUGAACAAGCUUUCAGGUCACAAAUUCAAGCGGAUCUUCCUCAGAAAAUACAAGAGCUUGUUAAUUAA